CUCCAGAAGUUUCAGCAGAAGGCUCUGAAGCAAACUAAGCAGAAGAAAUCCAAGUCGGCUGAAUUUCUGAUGGUUAAAGAAGCUAGAGGAGCUACGGAAGGCACUGGAAAUCCAGCUUUUAACAUGAGCAGCCCAGAUCUCUCAGCACAUCAGACUUCAGAAAAGAAAGUUAUUAGACAUGACAUGCUGGAUCGCACCCUUGCAGCUCACCAACAAAAAUUCAGGCUGCUGGCCUCUGCUGAACCAAAAGGAAAUGAAUACAACAGAAAUUACUUUGACCCACUGACGGAUGAGGAAAUACACCCAAGGCAGUAUGGGAUGGAGGUCAGCGGAGAGGUUUGUUUAAUGGCUGAAGCAGAGAAAGCAGAAUCAGGUGUCGAUAACACAGCUGGCCUUUCAGAGAAAGAAACAGAGAAAAACAUUUGUGCCUCAAGGAGUGAUGAAGCUAAAUCCUCAUCACUCUCAUCUCAAGGAAGCAUUUCUAAUAAAAUUGGUCCCUGCCCUAUGGACCGUGAUCGCAGUCUCUCAAAAGAAGACCAUGAAUUACACAAUAAGGGUCAGGCACUUUGAGAUCAUUCUGUGAAGGAAAAAUCAACUGCUUGGAAAACUGGAGAAAUUGAAGAUUAUUCUCAGGAUACAUCUUAUUUGGAGGAACUGGAGAAACACAGAUUUUCAGUUUGCUGUUCUUCAGUAGCUGAUAGUACUGGAUCUGGAGAAUUCUUCAAGCAUCUCUAUUUUGUGCUGGCGUCAGUGUUUUCAGAACUUCAGUUCGCUCAAUGGCAAAGCCAGGGCUUCUGGUACAUUAUCUUGCUGACGGCUUCUCUCUGGUUCCUGAGGCUCUACCUGCAUUACCUCAGCCAGUGGCUUUUCCUCCAGGCCAUUUCAAUUCCUGUUACAAAAUUCCAUUUUUCCCCCCUCACGGUUGAGCUCUGCUACCCAAGCUCUUUACUUCACAUCGGAGAAGAGUUGCUUGUUGUUGUGAUGGGGCCUUUAAUGCUGAACGCAGUGGUACUUCCCUUGGUUCUGAUCAGAUGGGGCUGUCAGGUACUGUUUGCCUUCUGCCCUGAUGUCCUGUCAAAGUUAAUCAUCACCAUGGGACUAUGGACAGUUCUGGACCCACUGGCAGUGUUUAUUGUGGAUACUAUCCUGGGGCGGCUUUCACAUGACGGGGAGGCUCCUGUAGCUGAUGCAGCAAAGCUGUACUGGAUGUUUGAAAAAACCAUGCAAUCAGGAAUCCUUGGUGUGGUGCUCACGGUGCUACUUUACGUGCUCCUGUUCAUCAUUUCAUCUUUGAUUUUAUAUUUGUAUUGUCUCAGAUUGCACAAUGAUUCCUGGAUAUUAGACGCAUUUCAGCGCAUCCACAGUGAAGAAACCAAGUUUUUUAUACCAUAUGAUUUGGAGAUUUCCAAUCAGGAACUAAGCUAUAUAGUAAAAAGAUCUGAGCAAUGGAGAGGACUCAAUGGUGAGAGAAGGAAGCCAUUUACUAUUGUAUUUGAUCACCACCACCGUACAAAUCUUGCCGCUCAAUUGUAUGUUUAUUUUUUUAUUAGUCGAGAUGAGGAGACAUGA